AUGUCGUCUAAAGACCAAACUCCUACUCCCAAGCCAAAAUCAGCUGUAGCCGUAAUUGUUAACCAAUUUGUUAGAGCUUCCGUUGGUGGUGUCUCUCCUUCAAACUGUGAUGAAGAUUUAGACAAAAAUAUAGCCGAUUUAAUUUUGAAGGAAGCAUCAGCUAAAAAUAAGUUAUACAAUAAGGAAGGAAUUAAAGCUUAUUUACCACGCACUGAAACACCACAAUGCACUCUGCCCAAAACAAAUAAACGAUUUUUAUUAAAUGUUGUCAAAAAUGUAGAUGAUCAUAACCAGGCAUUGAUAAGAAAGACUGCAGAAGAAGCUGCUGCUCGUAUGCGCAAACUAAGACGCAGGCGUUCAUUACGAGGUUUUAGUGAUGAUGAUAGUGUAAGCGAUGAUGACAGUGUAAGCGAUGAUAGUGUAAGCGAGCACAGUAGAUCACCCAACAGAGUCGAUAACAAUCGAAGAAAAAUUAUUAAAAUUAUUUCCGAUUAUGAAUCCGAUACAUCAGAUACUGAUGAAUCGAAUUCAAAAGAAAAAAGACGAAUACAAAAACAUAAAGUCCAUGAGACUAAUAUUUCUACCAAAAACAAUAGUAAUCAGAAUUUACCUGGUAUAUUACAUAAAGGAAACAAAAAAGAGGCGCCUACAAAAUCACACAGAGGACGUGGGGAGGUUAGUAAUGGAUCAAAGAUGGAUAAAUAUUUUCGUAAGGAUUAUGAUCCUAUGACUGACAUUGAUCCAUUUAUUGAUGGGAGGAUUAGUUAUGAAGCAUUCGAAAAAAGUUUGAAAGAGAAAACUGUCAAUAGUAAUAAAAAGAAUAAAAAGAAAAGUCAUAAAGAAAAAUCAAAACAUAAAAAGAAGAAACAUAAAUCAAAAAAGAAGCGGAAAGAUAAAGAUACGGAUUCAGAUAGUGAUUCAGAUUAUAUUGCUCGAAAGAAAAGACAGAAAGAUAAAGAUAAUUAUAUGGAAGAAAAGUCAAUAGUUUAUGAUUACGUACGGGAAUGGGACAGACCUAAAUUAAAAGAUAAUAAAGAUAAUUAUAUGGAAGAAAAGUCAAUAACUUAUGAUUACAUACGGGAAUGGGACAGACCUAAAUUUAAAGAUAAUAAAGAUAAUUUAGAAGAAAAGUCAAAAACUUAUGAUUACAUACGGGAAUGGGACAGACCUAAAUUUAAAGAUAAUAAAGAUAAUUGUGUAGAAGAAAAGUCAAUAGUUUAUGAUAACAUACGGGAAUGGGACAGACCUAAAUUGGUUCCUGGUUUUUGGGAUUUUGAAAGGUAUUAA